GCCAGUUUUGCGACACCUAAUUUUUUUAAGUAGCUGCACAUCGCCGAGGCAAACAGCUAGCGCAAACGCAGUGCUGCGUUUUCAGUUACCUUCGCCUGCGGUGAACUACAUCACAGUGCGCCAGCCCACAACUUUUUUAGUAUUGGCCUUCAAUCUAGACGCAACUGUAUACCGAGGGGACGAGCGUAGGACGUAUGCUCUACCUAGUAAAAUUCGCUCUUGUUCUAGACAAAAGAUUUGUCACUUUCUUGCUAUGCGAAAAAUAUAGACAACGACUUAAUCUCAACCGCGAAAGUGGCGGCUUGCUUCAGGCACCCGGGACAAUCGGUUGUCUGUUGCGUCGCAGAACUUUGAUUUGAUGAACACAAUCAAAGUAGAAGUACAAAGUUGUCGUGUACUAGCGCAUGUAGCUGUAAAUAACCAAGGUCGCGUCUUCACUCUUCGAUUUGGAAUCACUUCGAAAAUGCUGCGUGAGAGGCAGAAUAACUCGAUACACAAGGGUGACCUCCAGCUUCGAAUGCUAGUCAUCUCAUGUUUUCCGAAAUCGAUCUCCCAACAAAACUUAUCAAAUGCAAAAGUGUCUGGCUCUGGGCCUGGAAGGUUGGAACUUGUCGUGCUAACUUUGGACUCUAAAAAAAUCUGUAUUGCAUGACCAGCGAGACGAGGAGCGUAGUUUGUGCGACGCGGGGAGGGCAUUUGUCGUGCGGAGUAGGCAUCAGGAAGCCCCCUAGAAUGAAAUCUGUGAUGGUAGGUCGUGCAUUACAGACAUCCUGGGUCAUGCAAAAUAUGCAUGACACACCCGGCAGCGGCAACAUUCCACACCCAGACACUUUUGCAUUUGAUAAAACUCAUACAUAAUCAUUGGUGAAGUGGAAGUUUAUAGGAAGCGAAGCUAAGUAUUACUAGUGAACUACGAUGGAAAUAACAGCCGCUUUUGUGGCACAAUAAAGCAUCCUUCGAGCAGCCGCGCUGCGGAACGAGUACAAAUAGAACACGCGACGGCUACAGUUCCUGCACCUCGCAGCAGAGCUGCAAAAAAUGAACCAAUGUAUGCAGUAAUGCUCCUCGAACGACUUCUACGAACGAUUACCAAGUAGAACGAAGGAAUCAAUAAAGCGACGUAUGAUGUACUGCUACGGACCGAUGCGACAAAUAUUUAGUAUUGAUUGUGCCCUACCACAGCUAACGACUAUACAAGUACUUAUUUUUCUAACUCCGGUUAGUAAAAAGGGAUUUUAUAUUGCACUGUUUGGGUAGUAGUAUAACGCUCGCUCUGGUAGAUCCCGGUAGGAGCACAAAAGCCGCAAAGGUACCAGGCUCUGUUCGCAGAUGCUGGACGACCCGAUGGAUGAUCUGCCUAAUUGUGUGGCGCUACUUAUUUUCAU